CAAGGCUGGACUCCAUCGCCUCGCGAAAGAGGGACCAUGGAUAUCCUCUGGAGCUGCACGAGCACUAUUUUCUUGUGCUGCUGGUCGAUGCUCUGCCUCAACGUACCAGGUCGUUACGACACGAAUGGGACAAAAUUACGACGUAAAGCAAUGAUCUUCGUCCUAACUCUGUUCACACCAGAGGUCGUCACGGUGGCCGCCAGUGGCCAAUACUUCGCUGCAAGACAAUCUGUUAAAGACUUUAAGGCCGCUAAUAUCGGUGAAUGGUCGCCUCAGCAUGCCUUUUUCGCAGAAAUGGGCGGCUUUGUUUUACAAACUCGCGACUGGGUUCCCUUUCCUAUAUCCGCAAAACAACUCCUCUGGUUAAUUCAACACGAAUACGUCGCGAUUCCUCCGGCUCUAACAGGGCGGAUCUUGGAUCGGAACAAAGCCGAUAAUUUGACUCGAUUUCUGAUGGUUAUCCAGACUGUCUGGUUUCUAGCCAAUUUUUUCACACGAAUUGCCCAAAAUCUUAGUCCAACAGCUCUCGAAUUGACUACUGUGGCAUUCAUAUACGCAAGCUUGCCGACUAUGUUCUUCUGGUGGCAUAAACCCGCUGAUGUGAGCGUACCCGAAAUACUCACCACCAAUGCAAGCAUGGCAGAAAUACUAUUGACUGGGGGUGAUGCUGCACGCGAACCGUAUGGUCACACUCCAUUGGACUUCCUUGAUCGCAGGGAAUGGUUCUGGAUGAUUUAUUGGGCUCAUUUUAGAGCUGCAGUUCGAGGACUUGGAGUACCUGCUGGAACUCGCGUACGCCCAAUUGAUCGAUUUUCGAACUUCAGCAGCGCUGAGACUCCGACUUGGUUUUUUAACCUAGGUGCUAUUUAUUACUUUGGGUUUUGUGCUAUAUUUGUUGCAGGUUGGCACUUGAGCCUACCAUCGCAAAGAGAACAGCUACUUUGGAGAGUGGCGUCUUUAACUGCUCUUGGAACUUUGGUUGGUUGUGCUGUUGUGACAGAAAUGACAUUUAGAAUAUGGCCCUAUCUCCGGAAUAGCUUGGCGGCCAGAAAGGAGCCAGAUAUUGCGGAAACAGAUCACAGCCCUAGCAUGAUCCCCUUUGGCAGGCGCAAAGAUAAGUCUCGAACGACUGAAGGACUACGACCAAGGCCUCGCACGAUCUGGGACUGGAUAAGAAAUAAUACUACUAGUCAGAAUCCUCGGUUUUCCCUUCCUGUUCUUACGGCUAUACUAAUGCAGCUCCUUUGUUUCACGCAUCUCUUAGCGCGACUCUACAUAGUUGUGGGAGACUUUGCGGCCAUGCGUUCCCUGCCAUCAAGCUGCUAUAAGACCACUGUGUGGCAGCAGUUUAUUCCUCACCUCGGACAGUAACUUGUAGUUUACUAGAAUUUAUAGUAAUUAUGCGCGUAG